AUGGCUUUGGGUAUUUCUGCAAGAAAUAUGAGUUUAUGGUCUUCUUUGGAAGAAGCAUAUGAUAAUUUAGAUCUAUCAGAAAGUGACAAUGAAAAUAACAAUGCAACCAAGUUAUAUAUGCAAAAAUUUCAAAACAAAGUCGACUUUUCAAUGAAAAACGAGAGGCAGUUGAAAGAUAAAAGUGACAGGGCAACAACUGAUCACGCCCUUGACAGAAGAUCGUGUUCAAUACUGUUUAAAAUGAUGAAUCAGGAAAUAUUUAGUGAAGUCAAUGGGUGUAUCAGUACAGGAAAAGAAGCUAAUAUAUAUCAUGUAAAGAAUAAAGAGGAUGUGGACUUGGCCAUUAAAGUUUAUAUGACAUCAAUAAUGCCAUUUAAAUCUCGCGAUAAAUAUGUGAAGGGUGAUUUUAGAAUGCGUCAUGGUUACUCAAAGUCAACAUCUUGGAAGCUUGUAUGUAAAUGGAGUGAAAAGGAAUAUCGUAAUUUACUCCGAAUAAACCAGUCUGGCUUGAUAAAUGCUCCCAAACCUCUGCGUUUGAAAGGCGUUGUCCUUUUAAUGACGUUUGUUGGCAAGGAUGGUAUUCCCGCUCCUAAAUUGAAAGAUGUAUGUCUUCAAGAAAGCGAUUGCGAAAACUCCCCGGAUUGGUCCACUUUAUACUUCCAAGUUAUCCAUGACAUCCGGACGUUGUUUCAAAAGUGCCGCUUAGUCCAUGCCGACCUAAGCGAGUAUAACUUGCUUUAUCUUGACGGCAAAGUGUGGAUGAUUGAUGUAUCGCAGGCUGUAGAACAUGAAUCACCUCAAGCUCUUGAAUAUUUAAGAACUGAUUGUCAUAAUAUCAAUACAUUUUUUCGUAAACAAGGUGUUUCAACUUUAACAUUACGUGAACUAUUCGAAUGGGUGGUGAAUCCAUCAUUGCCUGCACCCGAUGAAGCUGUAUCUAAACAAUGUCUGAUGUCAUUACUUCGAGAAGCUUCAAUACGUGGUUUAAAUGAAACUAUGGAAAAAGAAGAUGAAGCUUUUCGUUAUGUACAUAUUCCACGAAAUUUAUCAGUAUCUUAUCCAUUUAUAAGAGAUUUUCUUAAAUUACAACGUGGACAAUUAUCACACUCCGAUAUUUAUUAUACAGCUAUAACUGGAUUGAAACCAGAUUUAACAGGUGCUUUAACACAACAACCUUCAACGAUAGACGAAAACAAUGA